AUGUCUUUGAUACACUUGUUCUUGUUCGCGGGUUUGGUGAGCCUUGAAGCUGCUGCGUCGUUUUCCCCGGGAUCGCGCUCGAUUCUCCGGGACAUCGGCAGCGACAUCGCCGAUCAGAAAGACAACGCCGUCGAAUUGAACGCUACCAACUUUGAUUCAGUCUUCCAAGAUUCCCCCGCCAAAUAUGCCGUUUUGGAGUUCUUCGCUCACUGGUGUCCUGCAUGUAGAAACUACAAGCCGCAUUAUGAAAAAGUAGCAAGGCUCUUCAAUGGAGCAGAGGCAAUACAUCCUGGUGUCGUUUUGAUGGCUAGAGUUGAUUGUGCAAUAAAGAUGAAUGUCAAGCUCUGUGACAAGUUCUCCAUCAAUCAUUAUCCGAUGCUCUUUUGGGGCCGUCCCAGUAAGUUCGUUGGUGGUAGCUGGGGACCUAAACAAGAGCAAAACGAGAUCAGCGUAGUCGAUGAAUGGCGCACUGCUGAUCUUUUGUUGAACUGGAUCAACAAGAAGAUAGGCAGCUCUUACGGCUUGGAUGAUCAGAAAUUUGGAAAUGAGCAUCUCCUGCCAAAUAUAUCUGACCACGAACAGAUUUCUCAUGCCGUACAUGACAUUGAGGAGGCAACUGAAGAAGCUUUUGAUAUCAUUUUGGCACAUAAGGCAAUCAAGUCAUCUGAAACCGGAGUUUCGUUCAUUAGGUUUCUGCAGCUUUUAGUGGCACACCAUCCUUCAAGAAGGUGUCGUAAAGGAAGCGCUGAAAUUCUCGUGAACUUCGGUGAUAUGUGUCCGUCAGGCGAAUGUUCUUAUGACCAGGAUUCUGCAGUGAACGCUACUACCCUACGAAACUUCCAUAUUUGUGGAAAGGAUGUUCCACGUGGAUAUUACAUUUUUUGCCGUGGCAGCAAGAACGAAACUAGGGGAUUCAGCUGCGGAUUAUGGAUCUUGAUGCAUUCACUUUCCGUGAGGAUUGAGGACGGAGAGAGUCAGUUUGCAUUCACAACCAUUUGUGAUUUCAUCAACAACUUCUUCAUGUGUGACGAAUGCCGCCGGCAUUUUCACGACAUGUGCUUAAGCGUGAAAACUCCGUUUAAAAAGUCACGUGAUAUCGUCUUGUGGCUGUGGAGCACACACAACAAGGUCAAUGAGAGACUGAAGAAGGACGAAGCUUCUCUUGGAACAGGAGACCCCAAGUUCCCAAAGAUGACAUGGCCACCGAAGCAGCUUUGCCCGUCGUGUCAUCUUUCGAGCACCGAGAAAACCAUUGACUGGGAUCACGAUGAAGUCUACAAAUUCUUGAAGAAGUACUACGGGCAGAAACUGGUGUCCUCUUACAAGAAAGAUGGUGACAGUGCGAGCAAGGAGGAGGUGGUUGCAGCUGCAGAAGAAAUGGCGGUGCCCACCAACGCUCUGGUUGUGCCAGUAGGAGCUGCACUGGCCAUAGCACUUGCAAGCUGCGCGUUCGGGGCGCUCGCCUGCUACUGGAGGACACAGCAGAAGAACCGGAAGUAUUACCACAACCCGCACUAUCUGAAGAGAUAUAGUAGUAACUAUAUGGUUAUGAAUACGUUCAGUAACAGUGAAAGCGAAAGGGAAAAGGAGAGAUGA